AUGGCAGGGGCUGACGGAAUGCAGGCAGAAGGGAAGGAAGCAAGGCACGGACCAGCUAGAAACCUGGCGGUCACCGUGACAUCAUCGGCCAUAGCGCUCACCAUCGAGGUACCGGUACCUGUGGCCUCAGACAUCACUCGCGACCGAAUGCGGACCCCCUGGCAGCCUCAGGCUUCCAGAUUCCAGGGUCCCCCUUUCCGCUUGCAUCGUCCCUCGAGUCCCCUCGUCCCUCCCUUUGCAUCCACAAAUGGGUGGGACGGUAUCAUCGGCGGUUAG